UUUUAAGAACCAAAUGACAAUCCUAAGUGUUAUUAUCAAACAAUAUAAGCUAUUGAUACAUCAACUAAAACUAAAAGUAAGUAUGAAGAUACAACAUCAAUAUUCAAUAAUAAAUCAACCCAUUUCACACUUUUAUUGAAUUUAAAAACUAAAGUCAAAAGCAAUAGACGCUCUGUGAUAGCUCUCUGGUCCAAUAAUCGAGAAACCUAUCUUGACCACCUUCUCCGACGCCGGUGUAGCCCACGCUUGCCAGCGUCGGGAUUUUUCCUUCCCUGCUUCUCUCUAUUUCACAUUGCUAUCUGUUUCCCCUCUUGUGCGGCCGUUUCCUCAAUCAUCUAGUGUAAUCAAGCGUCUUAAAGUGGAGAACGGCAUUUCAUCCUCCAUCAUACUCAGAUCUAUCGACGCUGGUUCUUCCUCGAUCUCCCUUUAAACCUUCUUCCACCGUAUCUCGCCGCCGGUAGUUACUUCUUCACCUCCCCUUGCGAUUCAACCAAAUCCCUCUUGCCUCGUCUUCGAGCUCUCGGGAUUCUUAUUGUUGGGGAGUUUCCGGCCAAGGCUUACUCCGGUGAAGGAAGAGAAGGUGAGCGGCGGCGCAGACCUAAUUGCUUUUGAUGUCUCCCGAUUUGACCUAAUCUGCCAAGUGGGCUUAGGCCCAUUCUCAUUUUCUUCGAGGCUCAUUUGCAAUAUAGGUGGUGCAAAACGUUUUAUGCAGAAGCCCAGGUCUGGUCCAAACCUUUUCUUGCUCUCCCUUAGUAUAAUUUUGAGCCGAUUCAUGUUAUCUUUUGAUUGUGGACGUCAAUUAGAGCAUACUCUCUCAUUUUUGCUAUGUUGGUGCAAGAUUUACUUGAGAACCCUGCCACUAGAAACACCUAGGUCCUUCUUCCAUGGUUGUAAGAGUUUGAAAAAGAGCGGCAUUAUGAUCCCGCCUCCACGGAGCGGUGAUUACCGUAAUUUCUUCAAGUUGUCAUCUAUGCUGCAUCUAUUUAUUGAAUCCAUUCAGUCACUAUUGCUUCUUAGCAUCGCCAGAGAUCUCCCUAUUGUUUUUACAAGAGUAAAGAAGAUGGGCAUUAUGAUCCCGUUAUUAACGAGCGGUGAUUACCCAAGUUUCUCCAAACUCUUUUCUCCGAACCCACUGUAAUUGGAACCCAAGAUCAAACCCGAAUUUAUCUGUAUCUUUCAGGAUAUUCACCUUGUUGUCCCAACGCCCUCUUUGCGUUUCGCAUCGACGAACCAUGAGGCAAAGGACUUCUUCUCAACGUCAUUAUCAUUGUUUGAUAGUGACUACUUUGUAUUUCCUCGACAUGCUAGUGGAAGUGUCAUUGACACACUUUGAAGUCGUUUGUGGUAUGUGGCUUCUUUGCCUCUGUCUCCGACUCUCAUUGGCCUAUCCUUUUAAGUUAUCUCCCUAUGUUGCUAGCUUAUGCUUUUCUAAGAUUUUUGUAAUCUGUUUCAUCUUUGAAGACUUUGUAAACUUGCCCUUAGGGGAUUUGAUGGAAUGAAUACAAAUCUUGUUUGACAAAAAAAAAAAAAAAAAAAAAAAAUCAA